AUGAGCUCACCGUCGCCUUCCCUGGCGUCGCCGGCAGCUCAGGCCCCUUGGAAGCGAAUCUUCUGGUUCAUUCUCGGGAACUGGUUCCUCAUCCUCAACGGGGUCGCUGUGACGCUGGCUUGGCGCUGGCCUGAAGUGGCUCGCAAUGGCGGCAUCAUCCGAUCAGAGUACUCGGUACAGUACGGCGCCAUCGGGUCCAUCUUCCUCAUCACCGGUCUGACGCUUUCCACUCCGGCGCUAUGGAACCAGGCGCGCAACUAUCGGCUGCAUCUCAUCACCCAGAUCACAUCUCUGCUCAUCUAUCCUACCUUCACUUUUGCCCUACUCAACAUCAUCAAGGCGGCGAGGAACCCGCAGAUCGACAUGUACAUCUUGAUCGGAAUACAGUUCGUGGGGUGCGCGUGUACGAGUAUUGCCAGUAACAUCUCUAUGACGAUCGCUGGAGGCGGGAAUGGAGAGGCCGCUACUGUAGAAGUUGUACUUGGCAACCUUCUUGGGGUACUGUUUAGCCCGCUCAUCAACCAGAUGUUCUUCUCGGCGCCAGGGUGGCAUCAAGGCAUACCGAUAGCGGAGAAUGGGUCGCCUGGUCUGGCUGGGCUAGGCGAAAUGUACAGGCGGGUCAUGAUGAAGCUUGGACUAGCCAUGUUUCUCCCCUUUACCAUCGGACAAGUUGUGCAAUAUUUCUUCUACAAGCCAACAAAAAGAGUGGUACAGGCCCUGCAGCUACCAAAAGUCUCCUCGUUCUUGCUUGUCACCCUGGUCUGGUCCGUCUUCUCCACGCAAUUUCACAACAAUGCGUUCUCCAGUAUCCCUCCCGGCUCCAUCGCGCUCGUCAUCUUCCUCAUCAUCUUUCUCUACCUCGGCUUCAGCGCGGUCGGCCUCUUUAUCGCUCGUCUCCCCUUUAUCCCCAUUUCGGACGGCAAGAUGGGCAAGGCAGCCCAGGCGUACAGACUGACAAAGGGCGAGACGACGGCGGUAUGCUAUUGCGCAGCAGCCAAGGGACUGGCCGUAGGGACGCCCAUGAUGGAUGUUUUGUAUGGCGGGUUUGGAGCGAGGGAGCGGGCAAUCAUAUCGAUCCCAUUUGGACUGUAUCAGCUCGAGCAGAUCGUUAUGGCGCAGCUGCUCAGUCAUCUCUUCAAGAGGUGGAAUGACAGGCCGGACAUGCUGGUCCUCGAGGAAGCGAUUGUCAGCGAGGCUGUCAAUCAGCACGAGCUGAUCGAUCGGGAGGGCUCCUUGGAUGAGGUGAAAUGA